AUGAUCGAUGCUUUCGGAUUGUGGUCGGUUCCGUUUGACUCCAUUUGCAACGGUAUCCGCAGUACUCCGGCUAGCGUAAGCAAACUACAAGCAGAGUUUCCAAGAGUGUUUUCCGGUAAUCUCGGGUUGUGUAAGAAGGCAAAGGUGCAAUUACAGCUGAAGACUGGGAUGACCCCAGCGUUCCGACCGAAGCGUCCAGUUGCCUACGCGAUGUACGAGGCAGUUGACAAUGAGCUAGAUCGAUUGGAACGGGAGAAAAUUAUCUCACCAGUAGACUUUUCGGAGUGGGCAGUGGUGGUUCGGAAGGCGAACGGAAAUAUUAGAAUUUGUGGAGAUUAUUCAACGGGACUGAAUGAAGCGCUGCAACCUCACCAGUACCCAUUACCUCUUCCGCAAGAUAUUUUCGCCAAUCUAGCAAAUUGCACCGUUUUCAGCCAGAUUGAUCUGACGGAUGCUUUUCUUCAAGUGGAGGUAGACGAAGACUUCCGUGAUCUUUUGACCAUCAACACGCAUCGUGGUCUGUAUCGCUACAACCGUCUUCCGCCAGGCGUAAAGGCAGCGCCUGGAGCAUUUCAACAGCUGAUUGACACAAUGUUGGUCGGGUUGAAGGGAGUGAGUGGAUACCUGGACGACAUAGUUAUUGGUGGCAUAGACGAAGAGGAUCACAAUAAAAAUCUCCGGGCUGUACUGCAGAGGAUACAGGAGUUCGGGUUCACUAUUCGAGCAGACAAGUGUUCUUUUGGGAAGACCCAAAUUCGCUAUUUGGGACAUCUGUGUGAUCAACACGGAUUACGGCCUGAUCCAGCAAAAAUCGAGGCCAUUAAGAAGCUGCCUGCACCGACAGACGUUACUGGUGUCCGUUCUUUCCUGGGAGCCAUUAAUUAUUACGGCAAGUUUGUACCAAACAUGCGUACGCUACGCUUUCCGCUUGACGAGCUGCUAAAGAACAAGGGAGAGUUUCGUUGGACAGCUGAAUGUCAGCAUUCUUUCGAUUGUUUCAAGAAGAUUCUUGGCUCUGACCUUCUGUUGACGCAUUACGAUCCGCGACGCGAAAUCAUCGUUUCGGCGGAUGCUUCAUCGAUCGGUGUCGGCGCUACUAUAAGCCAUAGGUUCCCUGAUGGUUCAGUAAAGGUGAUUCAACAUGCAGCGCGAGCACUUACGAAGACAGAGAUGGGUUACAGUCAGCCGGAUCGAGAAGGAUUGGCAAUUGUAUUCGCCGUGACGAAAUUUCAUAAAAUGAUAUUCGGCAGGAAGUUUCGUUUGCAGACCGACCACGCACCUCUGGUUCGGAUCUUUGGAUCUCGGAAAGGUAUUCCGGUUUAUACGGCGAAUCGUUUACAGCGGUAUGCACUGACUCUUCUGUUGUACGACUUUAUCAUCGAGCAUGUGCCAACCGAUAAAUUUGGAAAUGCAGACGUUCUAUCAAGACUGAUCAAUAAUCACGCCAAACCAGAGGAGGAUUAUGUGAUUGCGAGCGUGAUUUUGGAAGAAGAUAUGCGGUUCGUAGCGGACGAAGCAAUUAGAGGCCUUCCCCUCAGUUUCAAGAUAGUGGAACAGGCGACACAAGUCGAUAAGCAGCUACGCAGAGUCUAUCGGUAUCUUCGAGAAGGCUGGCCGGAAGAGGCCAAGAUCGACGAUUCAGAGAUACGGCGAUUCUUUGGUCGGAAAGAUUCUUUGUGUACCAUUGGAGAGUGCAUUAUGUUCGGGGAACGAUUAGUGAUUCCAGAAAAGUAUAGGCAGCAAUGUUUACGCCAGUUGCAUCGUGGACACCCUGGCAUACUGCGAAUGAAGGCGCUAGCUAGGAGUUAUGUGUAUUGGCCGUCGAUUGAUGACGAGAUCGCCCAGUACGUCAAGGCCUGUAAGCAUUGUGCUUCCGUAGCAAAAUGUCCACCAAAAGCAGCACCGGUUCCGUGGCCAAGACCGAUGGGUCCAUGGAAGCGUGUUCACGUGGAUUUUGCUGGUCCAAUCGACGGAGUUUAUUAUUUGUUAGCCGUGGACGCACACUCGAAGUGGCCUGAAGUUGUGGCAACGCAACGAAUAACAUCGACUGCCACCAUCAACAUCCUGCGUAGCAUCUUUGCCCGGCUGGGAAUGCCUGAAACUCUCGUCAGUGAUAAUGGCACACAGUUCACGAGCAGCGAGUUCAAGAAGUUCUGCAGUGAUAAUGGCAUACAUCACGUAACCACGGCUCCUUUCCACCCACAGUCAAAUAGUCAGACCGAAAGGUUCGUGGACACGUUCAAGCUUGCUUUGAAGAAAAUACAGGAGGAGGAAGGGGGUGUUGGUGAAGCAUUGGAUGUUUUUCUUCUAACAUACCGUACAACGCCGAAUAGGCAGGUCGAAGAAGGGAAAUCACCGUCCGAAGCAAUGUUUGGCCGGCAAAUUAGAACGAGUUUAGACCUGCUCCGCCCUCCACCAGUGCUCCCACAGAGUGAAGACGACAACGGUAAUCAGAAUCGAAGGACCUUUUCUGCGCACGAUUUAGUCUACGUGAAAGUGUAUAGUAACAACAAGUGGCGUUGGGCACCUGGUACCGUUUGUGAGAGAAUUGGCAACGUGAUGUACACCAUUUGGGUCGAAGGUCAACGGAUGAUACGAUCGCACGUUAAUCAGCUGCGCACUCGUGGCGGUACACAACAAGGCAGCCGUUCGCUACAAUCUUCUGCGUUGCCUCUUAACGUUCUUUUGGAUGCGUGGAACAUCCCAAGACCCACACCGACAGUUUCAGCACAACCAUCGUCUCUGUUGGCCUCCGAUGACUUUUCCAACCAACUGGAGUCCUCUAUUGAUUUUCAACCGUUGCUACCAACUUCUUCUUCGUCCUCGUCAACGUCUCAAUCAUCGUCUUCAAUAUCUGCAUCAUCAGCAGAUUUCGCAUCAGCAGAUAGCAAACCAAUUACACCGGUACAGCUUCCACGUCGCUCUUCGCGGAAUCGAAGACCGCCGCAGUGGUUUGAUCCGUACCACCUCUAUUGA